UUCUUGACUGUUUCCUUCCGGCUUCUUCACGCUGCUACACAACAUGGCGGCCUGCUUCACCCUUCAGUCCGCCGUGCUCCGCAGCGCGCUGCGAGGAGCUUUCGGCCUGCGCAGCCGGACAGCGGGCCCUCCUGCCGCCGCUGUCGGGGUCAGGUUCGUUUGUGAAGCUGCUCCAGAAGAAAAGACGACGGUGAUAUUAGAGUCUACGGAGGAAUACAAGUUCGUAGAGCGGCUCAUCCCACCGUCACGGGUCCCCGCUCCGCCUAAGCACGCCGGUCCCACCCCGUCUGGCUGGACCCCUCCGGCAGAUUCACCGCCGCCUCUGCCGUACAUGAUCCGCCGCUCCCGCAUGCACAACAUCCCGGUUUACACCGACCAGACCCACGGCAGCCGCAGGACGACGCUCGUACGAAAAGUGGAGGGGGACAUUUGGGCUCUGGAGAAGGACGUGAAGCAGUACCUGCAGGAGGUGACGGGGAGAGAGCUGCCCACACAGGUCAAUGAGGUCACCAUGACCCUGAAGGUCAAAGGUCACGUCGAUAAGGAGCUGAAGGAAUGGCUGGCCAGUAAAGGCUUCUGACGGAGCCUCCAGGACUGUCACAAGAUCCAGGUCCGGGGGCAGAGAGCUGUCCCUGUGGCGAUGGAGAGGACCACUGAAACACGGUCCACCUUUAAAACCCGUUUCAGUCCAUGUGGAAGGACAGCUUUCGCCUACUCUAUUGAACUCUUGCCACCAGAGAUGAUGAAGUUAUGCAAUCAUAAGGUGUCCAACAGUGUACAUAUUUGUAUGUGAUGAAUGUAACAUUAAAUAUGAAAGCACA